CGCCCCAGCGCCAGCGCCGCUCCGGGGGCAGCGGCCGCCUCAGCGGGGAGCGCUCCGCAGAAACCAGGGUGGAAAUACCAUCAGCAACGAUGCUCCAGGGUAGGUCUUACAUGAGGGGCCUUGAUAAGAAGGGCAGCUCUCUGCUUCUGUAGCUGAUGGAUAAGGACAAUAGCUUGGCCAAAAGAAGCUACCAAGAGCUGGCAGGAUGAGUUACAGCUCACCUUCUGUGCAUGACUUGUAUCACAGCACCACCACCACGGCCAAGCCAGACCCAGGGACAACUUUGGAUGUGACUGUACCAGAAACAGCCACCAUAAGCCCUGAGACUACCAGUUUCAACAGCACCAAAAUCCCAGAUGUGGCCAGCAAUGGACCUGGCAUGAGCACAAUGCUGCUGUCCUUCGGGAUCAUUACUGUGAUUGGAUUGGCUGUAGCUGUGGUUCUCUAUAUCAGGAAGAGGAGGAGGUUGGAGAAGUUACGGCACCAGCUCAUGCCCAUGUACAACUUUGAUCCCACUGAGGAACAGGAUGAACUGGAGCAGGAGCUGCUGGAGCACGGGCGAGAUGCAGCAUCUUCCCAGGCAUCGCAGAGCAAGAUUCUGCUGCCGAGUCAAGGAGCCCUCCAGAGACCCAGCCGGCUUGUGUUCACAGACGUUGCCAAUGCCAUCAAUGCAUGAACACUCCCUGCCCCUGCUCUGGGCUCGUGCUGACACUGGGGAGGAUGGAGCCACCAAAGCAGUGAUGUCCCACGAGCAUGGCUGAUGUGCUGAGCCCAGCUGGGCACCGCCUUGGUUUGUGUUACAAAUGGGUCACAAGCACUGGGAACUUUCAUCACUUUGGGGAAGCAAACCCUUGGUGAUGGCAGUGGUGAUUUUUUGGUGCAUCUGUUACCCCUAAAAGGUCCUGAGCUCCAGUUUCUGGGCUGGUGCUGACUGAUAGCAUGUACCAAGCUGCAUGCUGAGGAGCAGUGCCUGCUUUGUUGUAGAUGAACUCCUCAGAGCACAUGUACACUUUAGGUCAUGGAAGGAGAAGAGGUACCUGAUUCCAAGAGCUCCCCCUUUGGUUUUGUGCCACCAGACCCCAAGGAAAGUGGUGAAUGAGCCUCUCUGUCCAGCGCCCGCAGCCUUGGCAGAUCCUGGAGGGGUGACUGGUGGCAAAGCCCCUUGGAGCAGGGAGAGCUGCCUCCCUCAGCUCAGUGGCAAUCUGGGGCAUGCCAGGGAAAACACACACCACGGGCUCACACUCCUUGUGGCAGGUGGGCUGCUGAGAAACAUGCUCCUGGGGCGGUGGGGAAGCCUGGGGAGUUCAUUGGCUUUGAAAAGUGAAAUGGCUGAUUACAUCAUAACUGAGGAAGUAGCUGAAUAUCCCAAGUUAGUGCUGCCAUACAGACAGAGGGGAAGCCACACAGCUGGAGACAAGAGGUGUUGAUGUCAGUGUCUGGCUAUGGGACUCCCUGGCACUGAGCUGGAAGAAUGGUGCUUGGGCCACAGAGAAGAAUGGAGUAGAACUGGGGUUCUCAUGCCAUUUACCCCCUCCUGCCUUGGCUCAGGGAAGUUUUUACAGUGCAGGGUGUUAUCUGGAAGAAAAAUUAAACCUCAAAAUAUUUUCUUUUAAAGAAGGAAACCCACGUACUGGCUCAACACUACAGCAGCCCCAUGUCUGCCCCAGACAUGACUCAGCAGCUGGUUCCUACUUCCUUACCUGCCAGGACCUGCAGCAGAGCCUUCUCUUCUUCCUGCUGGAGGAAAGAGAGCUUUAUGUUAGCCUCUGCUCAUGUUACCUGCUCAUGUAGAAGGUGAGAUUAGAGAGGUAAGGCAGGAGUUUGCCUGUAACCCUGAAGCAUCUCUCUGCCUAUGCCCGCUUCAGGGCUGCAGGAGAGAGAAUGCAAAGGGGCCUUUGGCCACCAUGGCACGCUGCAGUGCAGCACCGGGCUGUCCUCUGCAGAGCCUUUUGGUGGCCACCAGCCCUGAGUGCUGCAGGCCAGCACAGCAGCCAGUGGCCAGCAGUAUAAGCUGCUCACAAGCAUCAGUGCUCAGCCAUGUGUUGAUCCCCUCCCUACGUGCAUUUGUCAGAUUGUGUUCCAUCCACAGCACUGGUCAAAGGGGAAUCAGGGCAAGCCCAAAUUUGCAUGUAGGUCUAAGAGUAGACUUUAUGCAAGGAGACAUUUCACUGAGUGGCAGUUUAGGUAUCAUAUGCUUUGUUGCAAGUUUGGACCUGCCAAUUAGUUUUUGUUUUCCCUAGUAUUUCUUACUUUUUUCCUUCCCCACUGUGAGUUUUUUCCCCAUAUUCAUUAAAUACAGACUUUCCUGGGCAUGUGCCACUGGCCCCUGCAGUGCAGUUCCUUACCAGCCUCCCUCCUUCACUGACACAGCUUUCUUCAUGGCACAAAAGCAAGGCCAAGUUGCUUUAAUUUUUCAGUAUCCCUCUUUCUUUUUAUGACCAUUGUCUUCUGGGGGUGUAUUAGGGCAAGCAGUGUCAACACCAGUGGAAAAACAGCCCAGCCCCAGCCCCAGGAGAGCUGGCAGGAGGCACUCCCAGGCUGCUGGUUGCUGGUGGUGUUUGCACUCCAGGGAUACCGUGUUGUUGGAAGGAAGGUGUGUGGGUGCAAAUCAUCAGUGUGAUCUCCCUCAGGUCCUUGGAAUUUGGACACUAUCUGUGGGUCUUCCUAGAGGUUAUGGGGCUUGACCAGCUGAGAAGCAAAUACAUCAACCCCCACCCACACACACUUACCAUCUCCUGCAGGUGCUCCCUGAGGGAGGCAGACACAGAGAGCUCAGCUUUGUCCCUCCAGCAGCCAGCAGGUCCCUCUCUGCCCAGCUCUCCUGUGCUCUGUGGCUGGGUGGGUGCAGGUGGCAGCAGGUCACAGUGGUGUCCUGCAGCCCAGCCUUUCCUCUAGAACUCUGGGAUUGGAACUUCAGAGGUUGUUUUAAACUUGAUAAAAGGCAGGUAGGUGUAAGCUGAGCUGUUUCCUCAAACCAACAGGCUACUUUGUGCUCUUUACCCGACUCCAUGUGCUGACCAGGCAGCUGCCAAGCAGCAUGUCUGCCAGCUCAGGUGCAAAAACACGCACCUUGGUCCACAACGCUGCUGAGAUAUGACUUCUCUAACAAAGGCACCCGCAGAGGACUUCUCUUUAACCAUUCUUCUGGUAAUGGUAGGCUUUGUCCUGUGAUGACUACCCUUAGAUUAAAGAAGUAGAGGUAAUAAGACUAAAAGGAUAUUAUGGGUAUUUGCUGGGCUUGUACUGGAGUAUUCUUUUAGCUCAAUAGCACCUCCUCACAGUUCCUGGAAGUGUAUGUACAAUAUAGCAGAAGCAUUAUGAUGUAAUUUAUUUCAAGUGUUUCUGUGUUUCAAGCAUUGAAAUAUAAUUAUUUACAUGAAA